AUGUUUGGAAAGUCUAAAGAAGAAGAAGAAUUAGAAAAGAAGAGAUUUAUUAUAAGCAAUGUAAGUCUUAUAUUAUUUUGCAUUCCAUAUAUCUUCCACUUGGGAUAAAUAGAAAUAGGAUACUAAGUUUCUGAUUAUCAAACAUAUUUGUGGUUUGGUGCUCUUGCUUAUGGUGUUGUGACUUAUGGCUACGUUUGCGAUCGUAUCCAUGACUUAUUUAUGUUUGUGAUAAUUUUUACUAUUUAGUUACACUCAGCUAUUUUCUUCUUCCUAUAAAAUAUCUUCAAAUUAAGUUAUUACUAAAAGAUAGUCAUGACUGCUUACUUGUCAUCUAUUUGUCUUUUUAUGAAUUUGAUGAUUCGUGAGUACAAUAGGACUAAGAAAGAAAAGAAAGAAAAAAAGACUCUUGUCUAAACAAAGCUGGUUUAUUUCGUGAAUUAGUGCUCUGGUACGAUAUUUGCUCAAAUAUUAUUUAUUGUGCUUAAAGUUAUCGAUGUUCAAAAUUUUAAAGUGCUGCUACAGUUUAACAUCAUAGAAUUUAUUAUAUAUAUUGCUUUUAGCUGUUUAAGCGUAUUUGGUUUACUGUCUGGAAUCUACAUAAUAAUUUUUAAAAAAGAUAAGCUAAAAAAAAAUACAUACAACAGGCAGUAGCACUGGUUCUAUUUCACAGGUCUGAAUGCCUUCUUUUGCUUUGUUUUUUUGAAGUGGAGUGAAUAUGUAAUUUACGAAUAGUAUAUAUUAGUGCUUACAUUUUGUUAUAUCUUUAUGUGUACUUUGGAGAAGUAGUGCGAAACUUGGUUCUUUGUAAUAAGUAUUAUACUUGUCCUAGGAUAGAUUGCUAUAUAAGUAUUGUUUUAGUUGCAAUUCCAUGACAUUUGGAUACAUAUAUGUUCUGGAAUUAAUGAUCUUAUUUUUAUUUAUUAGAUUUAUUUCAAAAUUGAUGAAUAUUACCACAAUACUUACAAAAAAAGAAAUUCACUCCAAGCUUUAUUGAAAUGA